AUUACGCAUGCGCAGUAGUCGGCGCUUUAAAACAAGUCUUGAGGAGGGAACAUGAAGGCACUUGCAGGUGGACUUGAAUCGUAGUCGUGGAUAACAGCUGCUGAGUUCACAUGGGAACCACGUAGCUGUGGCUGAAUUGCAUCGCCGAGGCGUUGCAGGAUGAAAAGCCCCUGUGUGCGCCAUGACUCUGAGAUCCACGCUGUUUCUAAAGACGGGAUCCAGGCAGAACACUGACACCAUCGACUUUGACAAAACGCAUAUCGGGGCCGCCACCGUGAGUCCCGUAAGCCUGAAGAGGGAGUCCUGCGACUUCGUUCUAGAUGUUCGAGACGUGCAGGGGGGCCAGAUCCCGAGCAAAUCAAAGGUCCUAGACCAGAAUUACAUGACAAGCAAAGUUGCCUUAGCUGCCACAGUUGCUGAAGUAGUUCAAGGAGACAAUAAAACUGUGGGGGUAUUGUCCCCUGUCAGACCAAUGGGGGGUGAGGGAACCCCGGUGAAAGGUAAACCCCUCUCUGUUGACAACAUGGAUAACCCCCAGAUGGCUGUGAACAAUACCCCUAAGGAUGCCGGUGCUGAUGACAGUGCGAAGGGGGUUGUCCCUGGAGUCCUCGGCACCGCAUCCAUUGAACUCUCCUCUGAGGGCAAGUGGAGGAACAUCAGGAAGACCCCUGCCAAUCCCCACACACAGGCCAACUGCCUCCGACAGAUCCUGCUCCUGCAACUGGACCUCAUUGAACAACAGCAACAGCAGCUGCAGUCCAAGGACAAGGAGAUAGAUGAGCUCAAAGCAGACAAGGAGACACUGCUUGCACGUAUUGAGCGCAUGGAGCGCCGGCUCCAACUCACGAGGAAGGAUCCGCCGCGUGACAAGCGCCUUUUCCAGCCCCUGGAGCCAUGGACCCCUGACAAGGAGGACAUGUGGGAUCUGGAUGUAGAGGACAGUCCGCAGCCCAACCAAGCCACUCCACUCCCCUUCAGUCGGGGUGGUAAAGGUCAAAAGAGGAAAUCUUGCUUCGGAGAUGCCAAAGUCCAGAAAUCGCGGGGCAAAAGCGCCAAGCUUAGCCCCCAGAAACCCGAGAUUCAGCCUGGCUCCCCCAAUCAAAGAGAGCUGCGGAGUAAGGAAACCCCAGAGAAGACAGUUCCUUCGCGGUCUGGGGCAGAAAGGGACAUUUUGCUUCCGUGCAAAGAGGAGCCCGAGCUGAGCUGCCAGAUGGAAGAUCUGCCCUUCAUGUCUACCACAGAGAUGUAUCUCUGUUGCUGGAACCAACCUCCUCUGUCCCCUCUGCGUGAGACUUCCCCUAAAAAGGAGGAAGAGGUGGCCAGUGAGUGGACUCCUCAUGUAGUACAUGAUAUGCUGAUUGUUUUUCCCUCCUGGAGAGAAAAUUACAUAGAGCCCUUGGAUGACGACUCUUCCUUCAACUCUCCCGAGCCGCUGGACGACAAUGUGUUUUUGAAACGCCACUCGAAGCUCGAGUUGGAUGAGAAGAGGAGGAAAAGAUGGGACAUCCAGCGAAUCCGAGAGCAGCGCAUGUUUCAGCGUUUGCAGCAGCGCAUGAACAGGAAGAAAGUCGUCCAGGAGACUGAGCCAGAGCUUUCAUCCUUCUAUCCCGACACUGAAGACGUUGAAACUAUAGUGAUCACUCCCUUCUUGCCUGUGGUUGCAUUUGGCCGGCCGUUGCCCAAACUCACACAACAGAACUUCGAGCUGCCUUGGCUGGAUGACCGGAGCCGGUGUCGCAUCGAGGUGCCCAAAAAACACACACCUCACCGGACCUGUCGGAAGUGAAACCCGCGUGGCCAUGACCAGCGGAGAGAUGCCGCUCCACGCCCACAGUAGAAAAACGCCACACGUCUUGUCUGUAGUGGGGGAAAGACGAGUCACCAGUCGCUAUGUAUAACUGUUGCUGUUGCUUUCAGUCUGUGGGAGAGUAAGCGACUCUCCAGUCUCAACGUGUCACCACGGACCAGCUGAUCUCCCCGCAGAGUAUUGGAAAAGGAUGGGAGAUAGCUGCGCCAUCGGGUGACCUUGAUAUUUUCGGUCUCAUUUACACCUCUGAAGGGAAGAUUAAGAGCUCGAUGCUGCAGGAUUACAGUUCCCCCUGUCAGCAGCUGGUGAAGAUUACACAUCAGUUUCUAUCACACCAACAGUUAUUAUGCAUGUUCUGUAACAUGACUGAGAUACAUUUAGUCAGGGCUGUGCCAUCCAAAAAUGAUUUUAUUACGGAAAAGUGGAGUUUCUGCCAGUUUCUAUGCAUAGUCAGCUGACAGGAAAAACUGGGGACUCUAAUCUUGAGUGCAUCCAUGUUUGGGGGGGG